GACGCUGGCGUCGCUCAAGAUCGAGGCCGAGAGCCUCAAGGGCAAACUGGAGGAGGAGCGGGCCAAGCUGCACGACGUGGAGCAGCUUUUGGAUGGAUGCGGCGUGGUCGGCCCAGGCGGGCAGUGGCAGCCCUGUUUGAACGUGUGUUACUAACCAGGAGCUCGGGGUCGAGAACCGGCUCUGGGCUGGUGGUGCACCAGGUAGCCGAGCGGGUGGAGGCCUUGGGCCAGUUCGUCAUGAAGACGAGGCGGACCCUCAAGGGCCAUGGAAACAAGGUCCUGUGCAUGGACUGGUGCAAGGACAAGCGGAGGAUCGUGAGCUCAUCCCAGGAUGGGAAGGUGAUCGUGUGGGAUUCCUUCACCACCAACAAGGAGCACGCGGUCACGAUGCCCUGCACGUGGGUGAUGGCCUGUGCUUACGCCCCGUCCGGAUGUGCCAUUGCUUGUGGGGGUUUGGAUAAUAAGUGCUCUGUGUAUCCACUGACGUUCGACAAAAAUGAAAACAUGGCCGCCAAGAAGAAGUCUGUGGCUAUGCACACCAACUACCUGUCGGCCUGCAGCUUCACCAACUCCGACAUGCAGAUUCUGACGGCGAGCGGCGACGGGACGUGCGCCCUGUGGGACGUGGAGAGCGGGCAGCUGCUACAGAGUUUCCACGGCCACGGAGCCGACGUCCUGUGCUUGGACCUGGCCCCCUCGGAGACCGGCAACACCUUCGUGUCUGGGGGAUGUGACAAGAAAGCCAUGGUGUGGGACAUGCGCUCUGGCCAGUGCGUGCAGGCCUUCGAAACACAUGAGUCUGACAUCAACAGUGUCCGGUACUACCCAAGUGGAGACGCCUUUGCUUCAGGGUCAGAUGAUGCUACGUGUCGGCUCUAUGACCUCCGCGCGGACAGGGAGGUGGCCAUCUACUCCAAGGAGAGCAUCAUAUUCGGCGCCUCCAGCGUGGACUUCUCCCUCAGUGGUCGCCUGCUGUUUGCCGGCUACAAUGACUACACCAUCAACGUCUGGGAUGUCCUCAAGGGGGCCCGGGUCUCCAUCCUCUUUGGCCAUGAGAAUCGCGUCAGCACUCUGCGGGUUUCCCCGGACGGCACUGCCUUCUGCUCAGGAUCCUGGGAUCACACCCUGAGAGUCUGGGCUUAAUCAUCCUCCCUCAACGCGCACAUGUGCACCUGAGGACAGAACGUGAGCGCUUCCCUCGCCAGUCCGCGUCACUGCCCGCGGAGCUGAGGGCCUGCUGCGAUUUCGCUUACGGGAGCAGCUCCCAGGCUCAGAGAUCCCUUGGCAUCCCCAACGUUAUUCUGCCAACUCGCGCCCCGGAACAUGGCCAUGCGAGCCCAGACAGCACGGUAUUUCUCACGUUCGAACACCUUGGGACGUUUGUCUGUUUUCACGGCUAUUCCGAAUUAUCCUGCGCCCACUUGUGAGCUUGCCAGUAGGAUCCAGGAGUUAGGAUAGUCUGCAGUGUUUCCUUCAAUCAGAUUCCUCCACAGAGCACUUUAGAAGCUGCUGGUUCUCAGCGAGCGCCAUGAUGUUUGGCCCCUUCCUCUGGAAGUGCUGAUUUUACGAACUGUGUAAGCCGGGCUGUGUUAACUUGUCUGCGAUAGAAGAAAAAUUUCCAUCCGAAUGUAUUUAGACAGAAGUCGCUUUUUAAAAAAUGUGUUUUUGUCGUGAAAUAUCUUUUUCGGCCUCCUGUCGUCUUUUUUUCAGAUAGAACAUCUUUGGCCCCAUGAAUUUAUAAAUGCAGCAGAGAUAUGCGAAAAAAAAAAAAAUGGGUACAGGUGUUUGGUCCAUGAAACGUGUGCCAGUGUGCCCUGUCCCUGUGUCCCUGGGACGUGGCAUGCACUUCAUUUGAGGGCAUGUUUGUGACACAGGCGCUUCUGCGAGCGAGCAGCUCCCUCCUGUGUGGGAACACGAAAUGCAAAUGCAUUUACAAAUCUCUGAGUCGGUGGAAUGGAAACACGCGGGUUCAAGUGCAUCUGAUCCAUAUAAAUUGUAUUCAUACGUGUGGCACUGUCAUUG